AAUAUUCUGACUUCUCGAAUGAAAGGUUAUUUUAGUCCUAUAAGUUUUAAGCGAUUUUCAAAGGCGAUUAUUAUUAAAUUUAUUAUAAAGUUGGAAGUAUUAAAAAGUCAGCUAUUUUGAUAAAAUCAAACAGAACGAAAUAAAGUUCUGUUUUGUAAAUACAUACAAGGAAAAUAUGUCAAACCCAAUAGUGAAAGUUACAGAGGGACAAUUAUCUGGAAAAAUCUGUAAUAUAUCAGACGAUAAGCAAUAUUUUGCCUUUAAGGGUAUUCCUUAUGCUCGACCACCACUCGGAGAAUUAAGAUUUGCUCCACCGGAACCACCUGAACCGUGGGAAGGAGUUAAAGAUGCUACAAAGGAUUGCAAUAUAUGCGCCCAGCUUGACAAGGAGACAUUACAAGUUGUGGGUGAUGAGGACUGCCUAUAUCUUAAUGUUUAUACACCAAGUUUACCUACUUCAGACUCGUCUCUAUUACCAGUAAUGGUAUUCUAUCAUGGUGGAGGCUUUAUCUUUGGCAGCGGCACAGACGAUGCUGUUCAUGGACCAGAUUACCUUAUUGAAAAAGAUGUUGUAAUCGUCAGCCUCAAUUAUAGACUUGGGGUCCUAGGAUUUCUAUCUCUAAGUUGUAAAGAAGCUCCUGGCAAUGCAGGAUUAAAGGAUCAAGUGCAAGCAUUGAAAUGGGUGCAAAAAAAUAUCAAAAAUUUCAAUGGCGAUCCAAAAAAUGUUACUAUAUUUGGUGUUAGUGCAGGCGGGGCUUCCGUUGAAUAUCUCAUGCUUUCCCCAAUGACUAAAGGCUUGUUCCACAAAGCCAUUGCCCAAUCUGGCUCAUCAUUACUCCCAUGGGCUCAAAACAACAACAUCAAAGACUUAGCAUCAAAAAUUCCUAUUAUUAAAAAGAAAAUAAUAACAGACGAUAAGGAUUUACUUAAAUUUCUUAGAAGCAUGGCAUUUAAAGAUCUUGUUAUGAGUUCAAUGCUAUUGUUAGCAACUUUAAAAUGGCAAGGAGGACUUCAUUUUGGCUUUGUACCUACAAUUGAAAAAGAAGGUGAUUGGGAGCCCUUCAUCACAAAAUCUACAUAUGAUUUAUUGUCACAUGGAGAAUUUAACAAGGUACCUUAUAUGACUGGCUUUUGCACCCGAGAAGGGCUUUUGAUGUUAUCUCCAACCUAUGAAGCAAUUAUAGAGAGAUUGUGUAAAGAAAAAGUGUUUUUAGACCACUUACCAUUCAAAAUUGAUGAUACACAGAAAGUUGAUAUGGAAACAAAGUUGAAAACUAUUUACUUAGAAGGAGAAAAAAAGUAUGAUGAAAUUGACUCCUACGCCAUUGAUUUCUUUAGUGAUGUAGAUUUUAUUGGAGGCAUCUAUGUGUCAACAUUAUUGAUUGCAAAAAACAAUUCACCAGUCUACUUUUAUGAAUUUUCAUAUGAUGGGGGUUUGAAUUAUUUAAAGAAGAAAAUGGGUAUAGAUCGACAAGGUGCUUGUCAUGGGGAUGAAGGAGGCUACUUAAUAAAGACUAGCAUCUUACAGGACAAUUUAUCAGAUACUGAUAAGUUUGUCAAAGAUAGAAUGUGUUCAAUGUGGACUAACUUUGCAAAGUAUGGAGAUCCAACGCCAAAAAUCGACAAUGUCAUUACAACAAUCUGGGAGCCAAUUGCUGAAACAGGCUUGGCUUACUUAUUUAUUGACGACAAAAUGUCUAUGAAGUAUGAAAUGUAUGGCGAAAGAAUGAAGUUGUUUAAGGAGCUCUAUGAAAAGUACUAUAAACCUUAAGUGGCUAGUUAAGGUGUAAAAUUAGACAGAUUUAGAAAGAAUUGGUACUUUUGAAAUGUGAUAUAUUAUUUAUUAUAUAAUUGAAUUAAAAAAAGGAAACAUUUAUCAUACAACUUACA